UUUGUGUCGGCAGCGGGGCCAUGGCCGGGGCCGGGAGCGCAGCGCGGAGGCUGCUCCAGCCCUGCAGCCCGCGGGGCAGCGCGGAGGUACCAAAAAAGCAUCUGGCCCCUCUGGGAAAAGAGAGAGAAGCAGCCAAAGCCGAGGAGGAGCGGCAAAGCGAGGAGCUGCUGAAACAGACGGAAGCCGAGAGGCAGAAGAUCGUCUGGGAGUGGCAGGAGCUGCGAGGGUUUCUGGAGGAGCAGGAGCAGCAGAUGCUGUCCCGGCUGGAAGAGCUAGAGAGAGCCAUUGUCCAGAAAAGGGAUGAGGGCAUCUGCAGCCUGUCCUGGGAGAUUUCCCUGCUCAGUGAGAGGGGAGGAGAGAAGGGGCAGCAGCCGCUGAGCCAACCCCUGCAGGGUGCUGGGAGCACUGGGGGCAGCAGGGAGGACGGGAUGUUUCGGAAGCCGGAGCCGGGGUUAAUGGAGCUGGAGAAGAGACUCAGCGAUUUCUCUCUGAAAAGUGCCAUGCUGCAGGAGGUGCUGCUGGGAUUCAAAGAGACGCUGCGAUGGGGACUGGGGAGCGACACAGCCAUCCCGAUGAUCAUUAAUUUCUGGGAAACAUCUUCAGCAGAAUUAUUUGAAGGUCUUGCAUCAGAGAGUAAAGGUACAGAGGCAGUGGCCUGUGAGAAACAGGGUGGAAGAGUAACGCACACCUUAGGCUCCAGAUUGUCCCAGCCUCCCACGGGACAAGGAAAGGAAAUGGCUGUAAUGGAGCCAGCCCAGGGGCCAGUGACCUUCGAGGAGGUGGCUGUGUAUUUCACCAGGGAAGAGUGGGCUCUGCUGGACCCCCGUCAAAGAGCCCUCUGCAGAGACGUCAUGCAGGAGAACUAUGAGAAUGUGACCUCGCUGGCAGGUGAUGCAAUGGUAUGUGAGAAAGAGGAACAGAAUUCUCAGCAGGAAAAUGUUGAGCAAGUGGAUAAACACAGAGCAUUAUCGCAAAGAUUGAAAAGGAAUGUGUCCAGGAGUCAUGAGCAGGGAAAAUCCUGUGAGAUUCAGCACAGACCAGAAAAAGAGCAGGGAAACCAGCCAGGGGAGAAAGUGGGUAAAUGUAUUUCCUGUCAGGGAACUCAGAAGGACCUCAAGGAAACCACAAAACAGCAGGAAAUCCUCAUGGGAAAGAGAAAAAAUACAUGCACUGAGUGUGGGAAAAACUUACGUGACUACUCAGCCCAUAUAAAGCAUCAGAGAAUCCACACAGGGGAGAGGCCCUAUGAAUGCACUGAAUGUGGAAAACUCUUCACUAAGAGUUCAGGCCUUUCUGAACAUCAGCGAAUCCAUACAGGGGAGAGACCCUAUGAAUGCAAUGAAUGUGGAAAACGCUUCACUAAGAGCUCAGCCCUUUCUGAACAUCAGAGAAUCCACACAGGGGAGAGACCCUAUAAAUGCCGUGAAUGUGGAAAAUGCUUCACUAACACCUCAGGCCUUUCUAAACAUCAGCGAAUCCACACAGGGGAGAGACCCUAUGAAUGCAGUGACUGUGGAAAAUGCUUCACUAAGAGUUCAGCCCUUUCUGAACAUCAGAGAAUCCACACAGGGGAGAGGCCCUAUGAAUGCAGUGAGUGUGGAAAAACCUUCAAUCGCAGCUCAAACCUUAUUACCCAUCAGACAAUCCACACAGGGGAGAGGCCCUAUAAAUGCCAUGAGUGUGAAAAAUGCUUCCUUAGCAGCUCAGCCCUUUCUAAACAUCAGAGAAUCCACACAGGGGAGAGACCGUAUGAAUGCAGUGAGUGUGGGAAAUGCUUCACUAACACCUCAGCCCUUUCUGAACAUCAGAGAAUCCACACAGGCGAGAGGCCCUAUGAAUGUCGUGAGUGUGGGAAAACCUUCAAUCGCAGCUCAAACCUUAUUACCCAUCAGACAAUCCACACAGGGGAGAGGCCCUAUAAAUGCCGUGAGUGUGGAAAAUACUUCACUAAGAGCUCAGCCCUUUCUGAACAUCAGAGAAUCCACACCGGGGAGAGGCCCUUUGAAUGCUGUGAGUGUGGAAAAUGCUUCACUAACACCUCAGCCCUUUCUAAACAUCAGAGAAUCCACACAGGCGAGAGGCCUUAUGAAUGCCGUGAGUGUGGGAAAACUUUCAAUCGCAGCUCAAACCUUAUUACCCAUCAGACAAUCCACACGGAGAGGCCCUAUAAAUGCCGUGACUAUGGAAAAUACUUCACUAAGAACUCAGCCCUUUCUGAACAUCAGACAAACCACACAGGGGAGAGGCCCUAUGAAUGCCGUGAGUGUGGGAAUACCUUUUCUUGGCACUCAGCCCAUGUUAGCCAUCAGAGAAUCUGCAAGGGAGAUCAACACCAUAAAAACCUCUAGGGCUAUCAAUACUUUUUUACUUUAAUAUUUUUCCUGAUUCCCACAUAGUAACUUUUAAAGCUGCUUGAACUGUUUGCAGCACCGUUAUCCCUCAGCUUGUCCAGUUGAGUGGUCCAUUUUUUCCUUUUGAAGUUUACCCUGUUUUGAGGUUGACCCAUUUGUCCUUUCUAUCAACUCAGUUGUCCCAUGAGUAAUUCGAGUGUGCCCUUCCUAUCAGGAGCCAGAGAGCAUCACAUUUAUACUGUUCCUCCUAUUGCCAAGUUAUUGUUAGAAUCACCAAUGAUACAGAUUGUAUCAUUGCCAGUUGUUCUCACAUUGCUCUGGGUUGUGCUGAAGAGCAGUUAUAUUGGGACCUUUUUAAAUUAUAUUUAAAUGAAGAGGAGCCAGGGGCAGGAAAAAAAGUGUCAUUUCAGCCUCUGUGACACUGGAAGGAGAUGGAGUGACUCAGACAUUCCCUCCCCCAUCACUGCAGAACUGUUACCUUUUGUCUGAGCCAUGCAGAGUUUAUCUUCAUCACAUUCUGUCCAUACACUUCUCAAAGUGUCAUGUGAUGUAGCGUUCUCAGUUGUCUGUGCUUGGAGAUGAUACUUUGACUUCUUUAAUCCUAUAUCAGAGUCGCUAUGACUGGAGAUGAAAGUGUUAAGGGGAAUUCAAAUGGAUCCCAAACACAGUGUGAUCAUUUGGAGUUUAAGUCCCAGGUUUCAUCUACUGGUAAAGCCACUUCUGGCAAGGUGGCUGUUUUUUCCCCAUUAUGCAAAUGCUAGGAUAAUAAAAAUGUUGUAAAAACAUAA